GACGUCAGAGGCGGCAUGGCGGCGGCGGAGAAGGCGCAGCGCUACGAGGCGUUCGUCAGCGACGUCCUGCAGCGAGACCUGAGGCGGGUGCAGGAGCAGCGCGACGCCGUCUUCGAGCAGCAGGCGCAGGUGCUGCAGCUCCGCUCCGCCCUCAGCCGCCUGCAGGAUGCCGCCGCCCCCCUGCGCACCCAGGUGGAUCUCGGCUGCAAUUUCUUCGUCAGUGCCGAAGUCCCGGACCCCCGGCGCGUGUUCGUGGCUCUGGGGUUCGGGUUCUUCGCGGAGCUGACGCUGCCCGAGGCCCUUCGGCACCUGGAGCGCCGCAGUUCCCUCCUGCAGAGGCUCAGCGAUUCCCUGACGCGCGACGGGGCCAAGAUCCGCGCCCACAUCCGGCUGGUGCUGGAGGGCCUGCGGGAGCUGCAGGGGCUGCAGGAGCCCCCCGUGACCUCUGACCCCUGACGGACGCCGCGCCGGCCCCGCCCCCUCGGCUGGGUGUAAACCUGGAGUACACCCGGAGUAAUGUGGAGAUUUUACACCCGGGAGUAUCCUGGGUGUAAACCUGGAGUUAAUCGGAGCUGUUACACCUGGAAGAAAACUUUGAGUGGAGUUUUACGCCUGGGAGGAAACUUGGAGUAAUGCAAAGAUUUUUACACCUGGGGGUAAAUCUGAAGUAAAGUAGAGUUUUUAUAUCUUGGAGUAACCUGUGUGUAAAGCCAAAGUAAAGUGGAGGUUUUACAUUUUGGAGUAGCUUGUGUGUGUAAACCUGGAGUAAAGUGGAUUUUUUACA